CUUACCAAAUCCCUCCCUGCGCGGACUAUCUCAUUCUGGCGGGCGAUAUUGGUUGCUUAGCUGACUACGAUAAGUAUCGCGACUUUUUACAGAAGCAGACACAGCAGUUCAAGCUAGUAUGUCUUGUUCUUGGGGAUCACGAAUUUUAUAAUGAGACUUUUACAUACGAACUGGAAAAGAGCUAGAACAGGAAUUCUGUUUUAAUGGAUAGCUUAUCAUCCUUGACAAGAGACGGCAUGAUACUCAAGGGACUUGCGUCACUAUCCUAGGAUGCACACUGUGGUCUAACACUCCCGACGACUCAAGGGACAUUGUCCAGUCAAAGAUCAAAAAAAAAAAAAAAAAAAGGUUAAAGGCUGGGCGGUUGACGAUCACAAUGCGUCUCAUGAUUCGGACCGUGCCUGGUUACAAGAAGAAAUCCAAUCAAUUCAACGAUCGAAUGAACACACUAAUAGAAGGGAUCAGAAGUCAUCAAUACUGGUGGUGAUGCAUCAUGCACCUUCUCUCGAGAGGACAUCUAGUCCACGACACUCACAGAACCCAUGGAAAACCGCCUUUGGAACUGAUAUUCUCUCCCAGUCGUUGCACGGCGUCAAGAAAGGAGGUAUACAAGUUGUAAGCAAUCAACGGGGGUAUGCUCUGCCUUGGACUGAGUCCGCCGAUACAAAAGAUAGAUUUAAUGUCAGGAAAGUUGUCAAUGUGUAA